CCUCGCGGGUCCCGCCGCGCCCCGGGGGCUCGCGGCCGCGCCCGCGGAGCCGGGCUGAGGCCAGGCAUGGGCCUGAUCUUCGCCAAGCUGUGGAGUCUCUUCUGCAACCAAGAACACAAGGUAAUCAUAGUGGGACUUGAUAAUGCUGGAAAGACCACCAUUCUUUACCAGUUCUUAAUGAAUGAAGUGGUUCAUACUUCUCCAACCAUAGGAAGUAAUGUAGAAGAAAUAGUAGUGAAAAAUACUCAUUUUCUCAUGUGGGAUAUUGGAGGGCAGGAAUCAUUACGGUCCUCGUGGAACACCUAUUAUUCAAACACAGAGUUCAUCAUUCUUGUUGUUGACAGCAUUGACAGAGAGCGACUUUCUAUUACAAAGGAAGAACUUUACAGAAUGCUGGCUCAUGAGGAUUUGCGGAAGGCUGCAGUCCUCAUCUUUGCAAACAAGCAGGACAUGAAAGGUUGCAUGACAGCUGCUGAAAUAUCUACAUACCUCACCCUUAGCUCCAUAAAGGAUCACCCAUGGCACAUUCAAUCCUGUUGCGCUUUGACAGGAGAAGGAUUAUGCCAAGGCUUGGAGUGGAUGACCUCCCGAAUUGGAGUGAGAUAGCUUAUUGGGAAGGGAGAGACUUCUAUUUAUCCUGUGAACAUGUACAUUUUUCUGUACUUCUGGCUGCUGAGGCAGUGACCAUGUUUAAUUUAUAACAGCCAACCUCCAAGCUGUACUUGAAUCAAGUGCAGCUGAACUGAAACACAAAGUAUUUUCUUAGCCUUUUUUAAUACACUAAUCUUCAACUGGAUGAAGUAUGUGAAUCUGCUUUUAAGCAUUGAAAUUCCUCUGAUUAUGUAUUUUGACUUUUUCAGUGAUAGCUUUUUAAGAUCUGUUUUUUGCCAUUCUCAGUGUUUCAUAGCUGCUCAUCCCAAAGUUUGUAUAACUUACUAACAAAAUUGAGGGCAGAUUGUCUAGUAAUGAAAAAGUAGUGACUAAGUUGACCUUUAGCAUAGCUUUGCUCUCUUAAAGAUGACCAUAUCUCCAAUAGGGCUACCUGGAAAGUCAGUAGACUUCUAGCCAGCACAGAAAUUGUAAGUGCAAGUGUUUAGGCUGUGAAUGAGUUAGCUACUUACAGUUAAUAUUGAGGGGCCUUUUAAAGUGAUAUAUAAUUGGAAUUCUGCCUUAAAAGAAAUUUCAUUCCCAUUUUGCCUGCUAAGUAGUUCUAAUUCUCUCUCUCUUUUUUUUUUAUGAAACCAAUUCUCUUUUUUUUUUUUUUUGUAAUGAAAACACAUCUGAAAACAAUCUUUGUACAGUGGUGAGAAAUCUUAUUAAAUGUUGUGUUAUUCAUUUAGCCCUUUAACUUUUUAAAAAAAUAAACCUCUUGAUAAAAAAAAACUUGGGAUCAUGGCGGCCAAUAUUAUGUGUAGAUGUACUGUAAUUGUUAAAUUUUAAUGCUGUACAUACACGAGCCUUCCUCAAAUUUCAGUGAGAGUGUUAUUUUUUAAACAAAUGCAAAAUCAAAAGGGAAGACAGAGUUGUAUGCAGAACAAUAUCAUAGUACUGUAUGUAUCUGUAGACUUUAGACUGAAAUUCUUGAUACUUAUUUACAUGUUUUCAAAUGUAAGUAUUUCUAGAUUCUGUAGCAUUGAAAAUAUUUUGCCUUAGUUUUGUUUUUAAUCUUAUUUACAGGAGCAGAGAAAUUUGCUAUUCUAUUGAGAUUUGCUCACCUGAAAUUGAGUAACUGGGAGCUGAAAAAGUAGAGAGCUUCCCAUUAAAAAAGAGAUGGAGAAAGAUUAGACUUAACUCUUAAUUAAGUGGAUGGAGUUAGAUCUGUAAAGAGAAAUGGGCAUCUGAAACUACAGAUGAAGUUACUGAGAGGGUUAGGCACUAAAAACUAAAACCAAAGGAAAACAGAAAAAUAAAACUAAAGCAAUACUAGGCAACCAACUGUUAGUGAAAUCCUGCUAGCAACUGUAUGUCUAACCUACUUAAAUGCUUGGCAGGCUUUCAAAAAGCACCAUCCUGCACUUUAGUGUGUCUAAACAGCACUCAGAAUCUGCUCACUAGAAACAUUUUGCUAAUUCACUGUCUAGGCAUGUUUCUUCUUUAUCCAAGAAUGUCAUUUAAUUAUCCACUUAAAUGACAAAGUAUUUUUGAUAGAUCUUGUUUUGAUAAAUCAGGCACAUUAGAGUUUUAUUUAUUAAAAUUGUUUUACAUAUUUUCAACUGAAUUCCAUUUUUAUUGGAACAAAACUUAAUGAAAUUUAAAAAUCAGUACAUAUGUUGUCAUAAAUCUCUUUUUAAAAAGGACUUUGGAUAUCUGUGAAAUCUAAUUGAAUAAAUUUAUAUGUAAAUGCUGGUUAGAAAAAGUCACAUUCAGGAGAAAGGUUGAGUGUCAAGCCAACGUGUUGAAAAAUGUUAAACUGGUGAAAAGCAGUACUUUUAAAAUAAAAAAGGAACGCAAGACAAGUUUAAAAUUUGAUAAUAAAGCUCCUUGCUUGCUCUGAUAUUCAACAGUUGUACUAAUGUAUGAAAAUAAAAAGAUUUGUUUUGUUUUUAUGAAGUAAAUUACAAAUGGAGAAAAAUAAAAAUGAUAUGUUGAAUGAAGACUCGUGGUGAUAA